UGUUGAAUAAAUAAUAAAUAAAUAACCUUGUCUUCAUUGAUUGGUUUUUCAUAAAAGAACGAGAUUAUUUUUUUAUGGAACAUAUUUACUCUAUGUUCUCUCAUAUGAUUCAAUUAUUUUAUUAUGUUUUAUGGUUAAUUUUCUUACUUCCUUGUUUAUUCAACAGUUAUUAGUGCUUAAUAGUUUGUCUGUUGGAAUAUUUCUUAUUUAAAAGUUCUCCUUUGCUGAAUAGUAAAUCACUCUUCAAUCUUUGCAUCUUUUGUUAAUUCAUUCAAAAGCAUGCCAGAAUCUGUGAAAUCGUUUACAAGCAGUAGACCUGUCAGCAGUAGGCCGGUCAGCAGCCGUAGCGCGAGUACAACAAGUAUUAGAAGCAAUUGGUCAUUAUGUAGCAAUUUCUCUGAUAAAUAUGAAUGUGUCUGCAAGGCACACCAUACAGAGCCUUUACGAGACAUCAAAGCUUAUCUAUCUCGUAAUAUCCUUUCGUUCAUAGGAGAUAGAAUAAAGUACAAAGACUGGAUUCCAUUGUUAAAAGCUAUAAGAGGAGAUAAAUUUUUGCAUUUUAUUAACAUAAGAAGUCGUUUGUCAUCGGGAUGUGGUAAUCCGCAAAAUCUCCUCUGUACGAAUCGGCCAAAACUGUUUAUACUUUCUUUUUUUUUAGUUAUGCUAGACAACAUAAACUGUGAGAAAAAAGUAAGAGAUUUUACCAAAGGGCCGGUAAUUUUCACAAAGUACAUACUGAUAAAGCUUAUUAAUGCUUUGUCUGAAUGUCUGUCCCAAUCACGAGCAUUGACAUGUCUUCAACUGCAAAUGCUACCUUUGUACGGAGAACCAAUGCAAAUUUUGAGUGAGGCACUGGAACAAACUAAGUCUCUACAAUAUCUUUCAUUGCCAAAUUGCAAAAUUGGUGAUGAAUAUUGCGAUGUUUUAUGUAGGGCCGUAAGAAAUACCACUUGUUUGAUAUCAUUGGAUUUAACAAACAACUGCCUUUCCGAAAAGGGUGCAACGAGCAUUGCAAAUCUGAUGAAGACCCAAGAGAUAGCAAGGUAUGGUGAAUGCUGGAAACAUUCAUUGAGAUAUCGGAAUGUCCCAAACGAAUUAAUACCGGGUUUAAGAAGAAUAACAAUCAACGAUAAUCCUGAUAUUGGCGAUAAAGGGCUUAAUGUUAUGAUUGAUGUGUUAUUAGACGAUUUCUGGAUCAAAGCUGUAGAUAUGCAAAAUUGUGGGAUAACUGAUUGGGGGUGCAAUCUAAUCCAACAAUUGCUUUGUGUUGACAACGAGAUUGUUGUUUUUGAUGUUAGAAGAAAUCCAAUUACAGAUAUAACAAUAAUAGCAAACAUCGUCCAAACUCUAGCGAUUAAUUCGAAUGACGAAGAUAAAGCAAACUACGGGUGGAUAGAUAUUCAAUCAAAUACUUCUUUGGCUACUAACUUUGGAUCAUCAGCUCGCAAUAACAAAGCAAGAUCUUCGAGCGAUUUAAGUACAGUGAGGAAUAAAAACAAUUUUAGUGGUAGCCAAUACAGCAUUAGAAGUUCUGGCUCACUGAUGUGUAGUAUUCCCAAGCAAAUUCCUCCGAAAAUGACAAUGAUAAAGAAAUACCAAUCGCAAAGCCCAAACCCAAAAGUGUCUCCUACUCUCACUAUGACAGAUAUUAUGAAGAACAUGGAGAAAUACAGUUCGAUAAAUAUUCAAAACUUUGCGAUCAGAACGAAGGUUCCUGAUAAACCUCAAAGAAAUGGGCCGAUGAAAGCAAUAUCACAAUCUGCAGUCACAACUUACAUGAACAACGAAAGGAACACUAAUUUACCAAACUCCAUACGGAAUAAAAGUUUGCCACAAUUGUGCUCCAGAAACAGUGGCAGAUCUCGACCUCAGUCUUCAGGAGAUGGACUUACCAAAACAUUGAUUAAACAACGUCCUUUGGUCCAGAGCAGAUCUACAGAUUGCAUUAAAAAGACUGAAAAUCCAAAAAACAAUACCAAAACCAAAAAUUUGAAUGGCAUAGAGAAAAACCCUACCAACAGCAAUAAGCCAAUUGUAAAAGAAUGUAAGAAAAAGUUGAAACGAUUACAAGAGGAGAGUUUGUCGGAUAAAAGCGAACCUAAUGUGUUCAGCAAUAUUUCCAACCACUCUAUCAAUUUCAUGCAUGAAAAACUAAAACAGAAGGUUCUUACAAAAACAGUUUCCAAAGAGAAAAUAAGAUCAGUGGAUAUGACACUGAGCUUGAGUUCGGAUGAAAGCGACCUGGAGUUUAAUUUUAUAGAAAGGAAUCGGAUCAACAAUAUACAACACACAUUCCACAAAUUCAUGAAAUCGCAGGAACACCGUUCAAGUGAUUUGGACAGUUCUUCUGAAGACGAGACAGUUAAUUAUUUUCGAAGGUGUCUAUCAAAUAACAAAUUUAAAAAUGGAAGUGGAUUUACGCUCGAAUGACGAAACUGUCUUAUUUGUACAAUUUCAAUUGACGAUUCAAUAGAGGAGACAAAGAAAUUGUUGACAGAAUAAACUUGUUUUAUAAUAAUUAUUUCAGAUUACUAUUCAAUUUUAUUCCAUCCCAAAGAAAACUCAUGAAAUAUUAAUGAUAUG